AUGUUUUAUUUGUGGGACUCCUUGGUUGGUGCUUCUGAAACAAACUUCGAAAUGAAAACUCUUUACGUUGCGGUUGGACUAUCGUUGACUAGGGCGUCCGCCUACGUGCAUGCUGAUGAUGACGCCGCACCUGUUUCGCAGUCCUCUCCACGUUUUACAAGCGACCUCACCGAAGAUGCGCAUGACGCGGAGGACGGACGGAUCACCAGAAAGAACUCCAUCAUCUGCAAGUUUCUUCGGGUGCUGAGGGCAGGUGGUCUGCCGGCGGCGACAUCCAACAGACUAGAAGAUGGUGACGAGCUCGGUCCGGAGUUGGAGACCGUCUAUGCCGCAGAGAGUGGACUCCCGCCUAGUGGCUACGGCGCAAUCAAAGGUGCAGUUGAGGUUGCAAUUGAGGCAAUCGGUCCCCUCGGGGCCGCGGCUCUCAGUGGCACCAUAUGA